UUUAAACGUGAUAAAUGAUCUGUCGGACAGCACGUCUGUGGGACAUGGUGUUGUACCAAUCAAUGCAGGACUUCUUGGUCCCUUAUUGAAUCAUGUUGCAGCUCAAAUCACUUGAACAGCAACGAAGAAAGAAGAAGGCGAAGAUGGAAAUCCCUCUCCUGAUUGUCUCACUGAUCUUCCUCUGCUUCUUUUCCUCUGCUCUCUCAUCUUCGGUGGUCACCCAUUUGCCUGGAUUCCAAGACCCCCUACCUUUCUACUUAGAGACAGGAUCUGAAUGUUGCUUCCCCCUACCUUAACUUUGUUGUGACCGCCAUGAACCUCUGCUUUAAUUCUUUCAGGUACGUGGAGGUGGACGAGGAGCACGGCGGCGAGUUUUUCUACUACUUCAUCGAGUCAGAGAACAAUCCGGCAGAGGACCCUCUGCUCCUCUGGCUGACCGGCGGCCCCAGGUGCUCUACCUUCAGCGCAUUAGUCUUCGAAAUCGGCCCCCUGAAAUUUGUGACAGCCGAGUACAACGGGAGCUUGCCGAGCUUAGUGUAUAAUCCCUAUUCUUGGACCAAGGUAGCCAACGUAAUCUUUGUAGAUUCCCCAUUGGGUUCUGGAUUCUCAUACUCAAGAAAAUAUAAAGGGUAUGAUGCCAACGAUACGAUUUGGUCCGAACAGGCUUCUAAGUUUCUUUUACAGGUGGGAAAGAUCAUAUAUAUUCCAGAUGUUGUUGGAAAUGGGGAUAGUGGGGAACGUGGCCCAUGUUCUCCACUACUCAUAAUGGAAAAGGACCAUUAUACCCCUAGUGGAUUUCCCUAUAUAAAGGGGGUACGUCCAAGGCUCAGGGUGUGGAAAUCGCAAGCGUGCGACGAGAGUCAAAGGAAAAUAUCCAAGGCGGCGGGAUUUGGUUUGUGGAAUUGCGGAGGGCUUUCCGAUCCUGUGAUCGCUCUUCCGAUAGCGAGCUUCGUCAUUGCCGAUUGGGGAUCUGCGGGAGAUCGCUCAUUGCCGAUUGGGGAUCUGCGGGAGAUCGCUUGGCUUGUUGAGCACCCACAGUUCAUCUCCAAUCCCCUCUACAUUGCUGGGGAUUCUUAUGCUAGAAAAAUCGUACCUAUGGUGGCCAAAAGAAUAUUGGAUGGUAUUGAUGAAGGGAAAGAACUACUACUUAACCUCCAGUUAACAAAGUCUUUACUUAUGGAUGACUUUCAGGGUUACUUGAUUGGCAACCCAUUCAUAGGUGAAAAAGUCAAUGAGAAUUCUAAAAUACCUUACGCUCACAGCAUGGGGAUCAUAUUAGAUGACUUCUUUGAGGUAAAUGAUACAAUAAAGUUGCAGCAGGCAAGAUUAUCGAACUCCCACCACUUCACAAUGCUAGAUUGUUAUGCUUAUACUUUGGUUUAUUAUUGGGCUAAUAGCAACAUUGUGAGGAGGGCCCUCGACAUCAUAAAGGGGACAAUUAAAGAAUGGGUAAGGUGUAAUCGUCACUUACCUUACACAAUAGAAUUCAAGAGUAAUAUCAAGUAUCAUCUCAGCCUUUUGCAAAGAGGAUACCGUGCUUUGGUUUACAGUGGUGAUCAUGAUAUAGUGGUACCUUUCUCGGGGACAAAACAAUGGAUAAAGUCCUUGAAUUCUUCUAUUGUGGAAGGUUGGAGAUCUUGGUAUGUUGGUGGACAAGUUGCUGGGUAUACCAUGACAUAUUCUAAUAAUUUGACAUUUGCAACUGUGAAGGGUGUUGGACACACAGUUCCGGAGUAUAAAUCACAAGAAUGUCUAGCUAUGAUCAUGAGGUGGAUUUCUGGUGCACUACUAUGACGUAUUUUUCUUCUCUCCGUUGUGGAGUUUUAUCUUAAUAUAAAAAGAUCAAGAAAAACAUUAUUAAUGCUUUUUUACUCAAUUAUCAUGGUGAUUGUUAUUUUAGAUUACUUUCCUGCA